ACUGCCACUUGCGCUCAGCGGUGAAUGGACUGGGCGAGCACAAGAUGCUAUAAGGAUCAGCUGGCGGGCGAGGACGAAACCAUAAUCGCUCCUCCUGGGGACCGUUACUUUAAGGGACCGUUACUUGUGCGUCCCUCCCGCACUGAAAAUGCCACGAUCUUUUCUGGUCAAGAAACACUUCAACUCGGCCAAAAAGCCCAAUUAUGGGGAGUUGGACAACCAUACAGUGAUCAUCUCCCCAUUCCUAUAUGAGAGGUAUCCUGUGUCUGUGCUACCCCAGCCUGACAUCUACAGCUCAGUGGCCUACAGCCCAAUCACUGUGUGGACAGGACUGCUUCACCCACCGCUGCCCAGUGAUCUCUCCCCUCUCUCAGGAUACCCUUCAUCUUUAGGACGGGUCAGCCCCCCUCCACAAUCUGACACAUCGUCUAAAGACCAUAGUGGCUCGGAGAGCCCCAUCAGCGACGAGGAGGAGAGACUCCAAACCAAACUUUCCGACUCGCAUGCGAUAGAGGCUGAGAAGUUCCAGUGCAGCUUAUGCAGCAAGACCUACUCUACUUUCUCUGGGUUGGCUAAGCACAAGCAGCUGCAUUGCGACGCCCAGUCUCGGAAAUCAUUUAGCUGCAAGUACUGUGAAAAGGAGUAUGUGAGCUUGGGCGCGCUAAAGAUGCACAUCAGGACACACACGUUACCCUGCGUAUGUAAAAUCUGCGGCAAAGCCUUUUCUAGACCGUGGCUACUACAAGGGCACAUCCGCACUCACACUGGAGAAAAGCCCUUCUCGUGUCCACACUGCAACAGAGCAUUCGCAGACAGAUCCAACUUAAGAGCCCACCUGCAGACCCAUUCUGAUGUGAAGAAAUAUCAAUGCAAGAACUGUUCCAAAACCUUCUCUAGAAUGUCACUCCUUCACAAGCAUGAGGAAUCUGGUUGCUGUGUAGCACAUUAGAUUGCAGUAUGUUUACCAGGACUUAACACCUCCUGCAGGGUUUCUGGUGUAAAAGAAUUCCAAACAUAUUUUUCUUACCUCUUUUUUUUUUCCUAUGAAAAGGAAAGCCUAUGCAAGAUUUACCAAAACAUCAGCAUUUCAGGUUCGAUUUGCAGUAUGGAUUACAAAUAAUAGAAACACAUUUCCAUAUGGCAGCAAGGAUCAAUGAAAUGGUCCUUAAAUACGCCCUAUUUCCUUGUUGCGUUUAAAUCAGGCACAUAUGUAAAGAGCAAUUCUUGCCUAGACAAUCCAGCAACGAUCCAAAGAACUUUCAGCCUCAUUCUCAGGUGCUUUACGAAGCAGCUCAAUGAAUUUUUUUCUUCCUGAAUUGAUAUGACUCUUAAACUAUGCUAAACUAGCUAGGCUCCAUUUGUGCCUUUUACACUCAUUGCCUUCAGACAUUCCUUGGUUUUAUUUAAGACUUUUUAGGAUUUUUUUUUUAUAAAAUUUUGUUCUCAUGGGAAUAAGUGCAACCAAGAAGGGUUUAAGGGAAUGCGAAAAUGUAGAUCCUGAACUUUUCCUAUGCACAAAAGAAAAUGCAACUCAUUUUCGGGAUUCUCUACCCUUCACGUGCCUUUUUUUAUAAUAAUUUGUAAAAUAUGUGAAUAUAUUUUGAAAUGUUUAUAUUUUUAUAUAUGUGUGAGAAUGUGAUGUGUGAAAGGGAGAAGCAGUGUGUAGCUGCUUCUGGGAUAACUUGAAAUGAUGUGCCAAUUUGUUUUGCAGAUGCUUUUUUUUUUUAAAUAAAAACUUUG